UGUCCUGCUUCUUCUUCUUCUUCUUUCUCUUCUUUCUCCACAUCUCCUUCACCUCCCUUUUUAACAUCAGUAGUUCGUUAAAUCCGUUAAAGAGUUAGUUAGAAGUUUAGUGAAGAUGAUUACGUUAUUAGAUUUCUACCAUGUGAUGACUGCGGUGGUUCCUCUCUACGUGGCCAUGAUCUUAGCUUACGGCUCUGUAAAAUGGUGGAAGAUCUUCACACCUGAUCAGUGUUCCGGCAUCAAUCGUUUCGUUGCCCUCUUCGCAGUUCCACUCCUUUCCUUCCAUUUCAUCUCCACCAACGAUCCUUACUCCAUGAACCUACGCUUCAUCGCUGCAGACACUCUUCAGAAGCUCAUUGUCUUAGUAGUCCUCUUCGUUUGGUCUAUUUUCAGCAAGCGAGGUUGCCUUGAAUGGACCAUCACACUCUUCUCUCUCUCAACCCUUCCCAAUACACUCGUAAUGGGUAUUCCUCUGCUGAAGGGCAUGUAUGGAGAAUUCUCAGGUGCUUUAAUGGUUCAAAUCGUGGUGCUUCAGUGUAUCAUUUGGUAUACUCUCAUGCUCUGCAUGUUCGAAUACAGAGGAGCUAAGAUGCUUAUCACUGAACAGUUUCCAGACAUGGCUGGUUCAAUCGUGUCCAUUGCUGUUGAUUCUGAUGUGAUGUCGUUGGAUGGUCGAGAGCCUUUGGAGACUCAAGCGGAGAUUAAGGAAGACGGAAAGCUUCAUGUCACUGUUAGGAAAUCGAAUGCUUCGAGGUCUGAGAUCUUUUCACGGCGGUCUCAGGGGCUUUCGACGACGCCUCGGCCGUCUAAUUUGACGAAUGCGGAGAUUUACUCUCUGCAAUCGUCUCGGAACCCAACACCACGAGGGUCGAGCUUCAAUCACACCGAUUUCUAUUCAAUGGUCGCCGGUGGUCGAAAUUCCAAUUUUGGAGCUGCAGAUGCUUAUGGACUUGCAGCUUCAAGAGGGCCAACUCCCAGGCCGUCAAAUUACGAAGAAGACAAUAGCGGCAAGGCGAGGUUCCAUUAUCAUGGAACGGGUGGGACGCAUUACCCUGCACCGAACCCAGGCAUGUUCUCUCCUCCUGGAUCGAAACCUUUAACUGCUGCUAAUGCUAAGAAGCCUAAUGGGCAAGCGCAGCAGAAAUCUGAAGAAGGGGCUAGAGAUCUUCAUAUGUUCGUGUGGAGUUCUAGUGCAUCUCCAGUUUCAGAUGUGUUUGGAGGUCAAGAAUAUGGAGUUGCAGAUCAGACGCUCAAAGAAGUGAGAAUGGCUGUUUCCCCUGGAAAAGUGGAGAAUCACAGGGAGAACCAAGAAGAGUACUUGGACAGGGACGAAUUCAGCUUUGGGAGCAGAGGAGUCGUCGACAGGGAAAUGAACAGUGGAGGACGCAAAGCAGGGGACAACAAAGCCAAAGCCAUGCCACCAGCUAGUGUCAUGACGAGACUUAUUCUGAUCAUGGUGUGGAGGAAGCUCAUUAGGAACCCAAACACCUACUCCAGCUUAAUCGGCAUCAUCUGGGCUCUGGUUUCAUUCAAAUGGAACGUUCAUAUGCCUGCCAUUAUAGCAGGAUCCAUUGCCAUACUGUCGGAUGCAGGCCUUGGUAUGGCCAUGUUCAGCCUGGGGCUGUUCAUGGCUUUGCAACCGAGGAUCAUAGCAUGUGGGAAUUCCAUUGCAACUUUUGCCAUGGCGGUGAGAUUCCUUACAGGACCAGCUGUCAUGGCUGCCGCUUCCAUUGCUGUUGGGCUUCGGGGUGUCCUCUUACACGUUGCCAUUGUACAGGCGGCUCUCCCACAAGGAAUCGUCCCCUUUGUCUUUGCCAAGGAAUACAACAUACAUCCUGAAAUUCUCAGCACUGCUGUCAUAUUUGGGAUGCUAAUAGCAUUGCCAAUAACACUUGUGUACUAUAUUCUACUGGGGCUGUGAGUCAUUGAAGGGAAAAGAAAAUUAUCUCGAGAGUCAUGAUAUGACCCCAGCACCAGAGAGAAGCUCAAAGGGAAGCCAUGGAUGUGAAGGAAUGAAUUCAGAAAGCAAGCAGCAAUGGAAGAUGAGAAAAUGUGGGUCGGAGAAUGUACCAAUGAUCUGUGCAUCUUCUUCUUCUUCAUCUUUUGAAUGGGUAGGUUGAAUGGGUAGGUGGGUGGGUGAAGGGGGUUUCUAGUAAAAUUGUAAAAUCAUCUUAGUUGUAUUCAAGUAUUCUCAAUCAAUCCUUUCUGGUCUCA